AACAGCGUACGCUUCUUACUACAAUGGUACCUCCUCAAAGCAAGAAAUUGAAUACGAAAGAGAACUCCUCUCAUUACCUGACGGUGGUCAGCUUGCCCUGGAUUGGGCACCUAUUAAGCCUACUGAUAUGACAGACAAAACACCAAUUCUUAUCUGCCUUCAUGGAUUGACAGGCGGAAGCUAUGAAGCUUAUAUACGGAGCGUCCUUGAAGUAAUUACCAGAGAUCCAUUCAAUUACAGAGGAGUGGUUAUCAAUAGCCGUGGAUGCGCUGGAAGUAACAUAACAACACCUCAGCUGUACAACGGUGCAUACACAGAAGAUGCUAGAAAUGCCAUCAAGUACAUUCAACAGUCUUUAGCUCCAGGUACACCAUUGAUUGGUAUCGGGUUUUCUUUGGGUUCCAAUAUUCUCGUCAAGUAUCUUGGGGAAGAGGGCGAUAAGACACCUCUUGUGGCUGCUAUGUCCGUUGCAAAUCCUUUUGAUUUCAAAAGUUCAAUUGAAAUGCUUCACCAGUCGAUAUUGGGAAGACGAGUUUACUCUACUGCCAUGGCUACCAAUCUGAAGAACUCGUUCAAAAGACAUAUGGAUAUGCUUGUCAAAGGUGGAAAGAUUGAUCCUGAGAAGGUUAUGUCUUCAAACACUCUUUGUGAAUUCGAUGAAGUCUGCACACGUAGACUGGGAGAUUACAGCACUGUGAACAACUACUAUCGCGAUGCAAGCUCUUGUCGUUUUAUUGAGUUUGUUCGUAUACCUCUUUUGUGCUUCAACGCACUUGAUGAUCCUAUUGCACUUAAAGCAUGUAUUCCAUACGAUGAAAUCAAAAUCAACCCAAACGUUGUCUUGGCAACCACUGAGAGAGGUGGCCAUAUUGGCUGGUUUGAACAUACACUUUCCCCGACACGCUGGAUAGUUAAACCUUUGGCAGAAUUUUUUGUUGCAAUUGCAGAGGCCUACGAUACCCGCGAAUCUUCGGCCAGUUCUUUGACUCCAACCGAAGUAGACGCUGCAGUGGAUAAAUUUCAAUCCAAGUCAUAGUGAUGUACACAAUAUAAUGCAAUGCAAAAAAAAAACGUAUGAAGAUGAAGAAAUGAUAGAACUUCAUAAAUCAAUAUCCAUUCAAUCAAUCCACAAGCUUUAUACAUAUAAGGAUUUGUGAUUGAUUGAUUAAAAUGUAAAAACAAUUUCAUCUGAGCAUAGAGAGAAAUGGAAUAAAUUAAAAUAAACAAAUAAACACAUACUUGAGUCUUAAAAGAGAUUAAGAACCGAGUAGUAUUGACUAU